AAAUGGCGGCGUCUCCAAAAGGUGGUAGUUGCAGCCCCCACGGAGCACAAAAGCGGCCCAGAUCCGAUGAAGAAGAAUCCGCAGCGGAGAGAUCCGUGUCAGGAUUUGAAGUUAUACGGAUCCUCCGGGAAUCUGCCCGGGAGAAAAACAUUUUCGUACAAGGAAAGCUCGAUGACCAGGACGCUGUUAUCAUCCUGGAGAAAACGCCGAUCACACAAGAUAUCCUUACACGGAUGUUAAAGAACAGCACACAGAAGCUGGAGGCGAGCAACGACAUCUACAGCACCUACCAGCUCGAACCACCACCGGACCUCAACGCAAUUAAGUCGACUCUGAUCUGCCCAGCCACCGAGAAACACGUGCUGAAGUAUCUGCGCCAAGAGACAUUCCUCCUUGAAGAGACUGAGCAGGAUUAUCAGUCCAUCACUCUUCCCUACAUAAAAAGCCAGAGCUUCAGUGUGCAGUGGGUUUACAACAUUUUGGAAAAGAAAGCUGAGGCAGAGCGGAUCGUUUUUGAAGAUCCAGACCCGCAAAUCGGUUUCAUUCUGCUGCCAGAUUUCAAAUGGGACCAACAGCAGCUCGACAACUUGUACCUGAUUGCCAUCGUACAUCCAAGAGACAUAAAGAGUUUGCGAGAUCUCACAGCUGAUCACCUUCCUUUGCUGAGAAACAUCCAAAACAAAGGGCUGGACAUCAUCCGGCAGCGCUACGGCAUCCCAGCAUCUAAACUGAGAGUGAUGCUGCACUACCAGCCAUCCUACUACCACCUCCACGUGCACUUCAUUUCGCUGGAAUACGAAGCCCCGGGGUGUGGCGUCGAGAGAGCGCACCUGCUCAGUGACGUCAUCCAGAACUUGCAGGACCAACCCGAGUACUACCGCAAACACACACUGACCUUCCCCAUACGGGCCGAUGACGCACUGCUGAAACACUUCCAGGAGGCAGGGAGGGUCUAGACGACUUUUUUUACAUUGUGUGUGUCUUACUAUAAACCUGACAAAGUCAUCGUCUUCUUUAAAGCGAUUUCUCAAUUUUGUAUUUUCUCACAUGUACUGUAUGUAAUAAAACAAUUUUUUUAACUAAAUUUGUGUUUAAACUUGAACUCUGCUGCACAGUUUACAGAAUGUACAGUUAACAAUAGUUUCUUUUUUUUUCUCUUCUCUGUAUUUUGUCCAAAAUACAUCACUCAGCAAGAUCCUAGAAAAAAAGAAAAGAUCUUUUGUAGUGUUGAUGAUUCAUAGUUUAUCAAUCUUUCAGCACAGUGUCCCUGUAAGCUUGCUGUAAACUUUCAUUUUGUUACUGAGUCAAAUGGUUCCUUUGUCAAAGUUAAGGAGUGGUUUAAAAAGAUUUGGUUCUAACUUAUCACGUACUUUUACGAACCGAUUUUUAGAUUUCUGUAAUCAGAUCACUGUGUGUGGGUUUUAGCUCUAUCUGUGUUUCUGUAAGUGUGUAUGCAACAUUAUUUACAUAAAUGCAAAUACAUUGUGCUUUUUUUUCUGUUCAGUUAAUAAAAAAGUUCAGCUGCA